AUGUUUCGUAGCACAACGAAGAAACGAAAGACCAAGACUGUGACAAGGUUGCGAUCUGACAGCGACAAUGAAGGAGAAGAGCAAACGGCAGCUCGCGAUGACAAGAAGCAGAAAUACAAGGACGAUGACAGCAACGGCAAAGCAAGCACCAAACGUGUCAAGGACAAAUCCAAGAAAAGCAAAAAGAAGAAAAAGGGGAUGGUUGUCAGGUCAUUUCAAGUUGGCGGUGGUGAUGGUGACGAUGGUGGAGAAGCUAGUGGCGCUUUGUUGCAUUCAAAACCCAAAAAGCGGAAACGACAGGGCGGCCUGGGCUUUGGUGGAGCUCCCACAGUGAAGGUUCACGACGAUGACGACGACUUUGCUACGGCGAAUGACAAUGACAAUCCACAAGAUUAUGGAAGUUCCUCCUAUGGCAGAGAAUCCCUGGAAAAGCUUAAACAGCAACAACAAUACAAGGCAGUGGCCGAAGAUGAAAAGAAAGUAUCGGAAGAUCACGAUGAACCUACCACUACUUCAAUACGUGUAGAGAACAAGGAGGAUCCCUCACUGGAUGGUGAUUACGUUCCUCUGGACGGAAGAGAACCAAGCACAAUUUUAACAGGUGACGAAGCUUUGGAAUUUGACAGUGAAAACUUUGAGAAGCAAACCAAAACACAACGAGCUGCUCAGGACCACUUUUACUCUGUCACGGAAGAAUCCAAUAUCCUAGACUCGGAGGAUAAUCAACAACAAGCCCAAGAAGCAUCAGCAUGGGAAGCCGAAAUCACACGGCGAGCGGGGGUAUCCAGUGGUGGUGGUGACAACAAACAAUCAACAAAUUCUCUUACUAAUACUCCCUCCAGCAGCAGUGCCAUGUCGCUUGCCAAACUGAGAAGCCAAUUCCAGUCUACGAUUGCGCAGCUGGAGACUCAAACGAGUGAUACAGAGAGAGCCUGUGAGAGACGUAGAGUCGAGCUCUCUCAAACGGAGGCCGAGCUAGAACGUCAACAGAAUGAGUUGAAAGAUUCUGGAAAAGCAUUGGAAGAGUACCAGCAAUUGCGAGAAGACGUCACGUUUUGGGCGGGCGCCUUGAGGGAUUUGAAAGCAAAAGUGCAGCCCAUUCAAGACGCUUUGAUUGAUCUAGAGACUGAGAUUGCCAGUCCGACAAAACAACAAGAUUGGGAGGAUGAUAUGUGCGCUGUCUUGCAUCAGGCUGGUCUCUUGGAUCAAGUGCUUGGUCGGCAACCGCCUGAUUUUGUCUUUGAGGACACGACUUCGUAUGUAGAUGAAUUUGGGAGAGAUGUCAAGUCACAGCAUGCCAUGAACCGAGAAAAGCGGAUGCGGAGGCUCAUUGAAAUCCAACAGAAUCACGCACAAUCUACCAGCAGUGGCCCUUCGCAAAUUUUUAUGGAUGACUCGGAUAUCGAGACCUUUCAAUUGCGUAGAUCUGCUUUGAGAAAGGCGUUGGACGUUGCCCUCGAGGACCUCGAGGAAGAAUAUACCCGUCUAUCUGGGCUUGCAAGUAUCUUUCGCAAGUGGGAAAACACAUAUACAGAUGAUUACAAGCAGUGUUUUGCGAACUUGAGCCUGGGGGAUCUCGCCAGCGUCCUUAUCCAAGUCGACAUAUGCAAGCUUGACGCUCCUGGGGUAGUUGGUUGGCUAGAGGGAUUCAGCGCGAGCAGCAGCAAGGGUGAAAGCAACGAUAGUUUUGGUUGGUUGAGACAAAUGGGCGAAAAAGAUGGGGUGCCUUCUGACGAAGUCAUUGACCGUGUUGUCGAAAAAGUAUACAUUCCCAUAUUCGACAAUUUGCUUGGGAAAUCCGGAUACAAUGUUGCCAACCAUGCUCAAAGUCGGUCGCUGGGUGCUCUGCACGACCGACUGUCGAAGCUUAUUGGGAGCCGCCAACACAAGAAGUUUAGAGCGAUAACGCACGAGGUGUUUGACUAUAUCAAGAAAAGCCUGGAUAAUGUUGCGCUGGCUGUGUUGAAGAAUGUGGAACCACCCAGCUUGGUGGAUGGAGAUGACCAACAGGAAGGGGAACAACUACGUUUAGCUAUGCACGGGGCCACGGAUGACCAACUGACGCACGUGACAAGUCUGCUCGUGAACGUUGUCAAGUACUGGGCAUCCAUUUUGACAAACGAGGAAGGGGGCGCUGAUUUCGUCUUGGAUUUCAUUUCAACAAAAUAUCUCUUCCUGCUGUCAUCGCUGAAGGGACGGACCGAGAAGACAACGGAGGAAUUCUCGAAGGUGUGGGUGGCGGUGCAGGAUACAAAAUGGUUGGAACAGCCAGGGCGAAUGCUACAAGCGGCACCUCUCAGAGCCGCAGCGCUAGUUUUUAAGGUCAGCUGA